AUGCGCGCAAGGCGAAGUGUAACAGAAAGUAGAAUUUUAAAAAGGGAAAAAGACAGUGCAAAGAAACGAAUUCUGAGAGGUCAACAAGACUAUAAAACUGACGAAAACUCGAAGCUUUUGACAAGAAUGCGCACAAGGCGAAGUGUCACAGAAAACGUAAUUUUGCAAAGGGAAAAAGAUAGUGAAAAGAAACGAAUUCUCAGGAGUCAAGAAAACUAUAAAAAUGACGAAAACGCAAAGCUUUUGACAAGAAUGCGCACAAGGCGAAGUGUCAUAGAAAACGUAAUUUUGCAAAGGGAAAAAGAUAGUGAAAAGAAACGAAUUCUCAGGAGUCAAGAAAACUUUAAAAAUGACGAAAACGCAAAGCUUUUGACAAGAAUGCGCACAAGGCGAAGUGUCAUAGAAAACGUAAUUUUGCAAAGGGAAAAAGAUAGUGAAAGGAAACGAAUUCUCAGGAGUCAAGAAAACUUUAAAAAUGAUGAAAACGCAAAGCUUUUGACGAGAAUGCGCGCAAGGCGAAGUGUGACAGAAAAUAGAGUUUUGAAAAGGGAAAUAGACAAUGCAAGGAAACGAUCUCUUAGGAGUCGACAAGAUUAUAAAAUUGUAGAAAAUACAAAGCUUUCUGAAAGAAUGCGAAGUAGAAGAAGUAAUAAAGAUCUUCGUUCAACAGAAAAAGUUAAAGAUGUAGCGCGAAAACAACUAAGCCGUAGUCUUAAAACCACUUUGGAACGAAAGAGGCAAAAAGACACACGAUUUAAACAAUCUAAAAGAAACCUUCCUGAAUUAAAACAAAAAGAACAGCAAAUUAAUACAACACAACGAAAAGAAAAACGUGACAAUCUUUUAUAUAAAUUUAGGGAGCAAUACCGUGAUAACUUAAAAAAGCAAAAUAAUGAAGAAAGUCAAGCAAAGCUUUUAUUUAUUAAGGAAAGAAGCAUGUGCCCAGAAUAUAUCCAGAAAGGUCUUGUUCCUAAGCUAGCAAUUGCUAAUGGACUUAACUUCGUUCCUAUUCCCAAAUCAAUCCAAAUUUUAUCUCCUCUUGAAGAGAGAAUGGUUGCACCCUUCAUAAAUUUUAUGCAAAUUCGCGAUUUAAAGCCCUUUGCCCUGAAUCCCCAGCUUGGAAUGAAAGGAAGCGUUGUCAAUAUUUCAGUUGAGGUAAACGAUAUGCUGCAGGUACUGCCACGCAAGUUUGAUAACAUGAAAACUAUUCAGUUAAAACUCAAACGACACCUUGACCAUUCUUCAAACUAUAUGUUUGAGACAAUUCGGCCCGCAGUUGUGUGCGAUGCUUUGCAGUACCUAAAGACUACCCCUCUUUAUCAAAAAAACAACAUUCAAAUCGAUGUAGCUUACCUUGAACAGUAUGACAAAGCAUAUGAUGAAUUGGUUGAGUUCAUUGUAGACAGCAAUGAUGCACAGAACCCGAAGGGCACUACCGAUGGUUUUUCACAAGAUGACAACGUGGUAGAAGACAUAAAUUUGAAUGAAUUCGUAGACUUACAGAAAUCAAAAACUAAUACAGAAAAUAAAGCUAAACAACUUGAAGAGCAACAAAUUUUACAGUUAGAUAUGAAUGAUGAGGUCCUUGUUAUGGAUAGGAACAAAGAAGCGGCGGAUAGUGUUCAAGUAAUAGCACCUGGUCAGGGAAAGGCUCCAGUACCAUGGCAUUUAUUCCCAAAUUUAGAAGAAUUAUGUUUUCCUAAAAUCUACUGCGGACAUCCUUUAGAAUCCACAAAUAAAAUAUCAUACUCCGAGAGAGCGAAAUCAAUCGCAAGACGAUAUGAUAGACGAGGUUCUGUUCCAACUAAAAUUCUUUAUAUGGCAAAAAAGAAAUUAGAGCAAUCGUGUUUAUCGAAUAUCAACAUUUGUCUAAGAAAAAGCAAAAGCACGAAUAAGGUGACUGCAGACAACGUUUUAAAGAAACAUUUCCUGGAUUCACUUAUUCAACACGAUGCUGGGUAUAGAAUUCUUAACCGUAUUCCGUCAUCUCCAUCAUACUGGGAGUUAAAAAAAAUGCAACUAAUGGCAAUGAUUCGCCAAUUAGGAAAGCCUACACUCUUCUUAACCCUGUCUGCUGCCGAAUCAAAUUGGCCCGAAUUAAUCCAACUUCUAGCAAAACUUUUAAACAACCAAAAACUGAGUAUUGUAGAAGCCAUGUCACUGGAAAAUUUCGAGAAAACUGAGCUCAUUAGAAAUGACCCAGUAACUUGUGCUAGAUAUUUUGACCAUAAAGUUGCCAAAUUUAUGAAGUACAUAAAAAGCAAAAAUGGACCAUUCAAGGAAUUUGAAGUACUUGACAGUUAUCAAAGAGUAGAAUUCCAGAUGCGUGGUUCACCUCAUGAGCACAUGUUCUUGUGGCUCAAAAAUGCUCCAGUUUAUAAGCUAAACGAUGAAGAAAGAAAGUCGCGAUGCACUUCAUUUAUUGAUAGGUUUAUCACGUGCGAAGAUAAUCCUAAUAGUCCCUAUAUACCUUACCUUCGUCAUAGACAUUCUCACACUUGUAAUAAGGGAAAGUUAAAUAAAACCAAAUGCAGGUUUAACUUUCCUAUACCAGUUAUGCCAAAGACCCAAAUUCUUGAGCCUCUUCCCGAAAUUCCAGUAGGUAAAGAAAAGGAAGAACUUUCAGCGAUAUUAGGAAACAUAAGGACCCGAAUGCAACAUUUCUUUGACAAACCAUCUUUUGUUCCUUUUGAAGAGAUAUUGAACUCACUUAAAAUUACAGAAUCCCAAUAUAUCAAUGCCAUCAGGAGUUCGUUAAAAAAUUCCCAAGUAUUUUUAAAACGCAACAGUUUAGAAGUUGCAAUAAAUUCAUAUAAUAAAGACGUUCUAAAUUUGUUUGAGUCAAACAUCGAUGUUCAGUUUGUCUUGGAGGAAUACGGGAUAGCUAAUUAUAUUGUCAAUUACAUAAGCAAAGUGGAUGCUGGUUUAUCCAAGCUUCUAAGAGAUGCUGCUUCUGAUAUUAAUCAGGGCCAUAAGAACAUUAAGGACAAAUUUAGAAAUAUCGCGAAUGUUUUUCUCAACAGCAAUUUGAUGUCUGCUCAAGAGGCUGCAUAUCACGUGCUAUCUUUGCCAUUGUCGAAAAGUAGUAGAGGACAUGUUUUUAUAAAUACAAGUCCAAUUGAAAGUAGAUUAAUGAUGCUAAAGUCCAAUAAGUUUCUUCAGAACCUUAACUCUGAUUCCACUGACAUUUUUGUUGAAAAUGAUUUUCAAAAAUAUUCGAAAAGGCCUGUAAAGCACGAAGAAUUAUGCUUAGCGGAUUUUGUUGCAAAUUUCACUCACUCGCGUAAGCAAAAUGAUGAAGAAAAUGAAAAUGAAGAUAACUACCAUUUAAGACAUAAUUCUAAGAUAAUUCGAUAUAGAAGGUACAAAUUGGCACAGGAUCCACUCCAUUAUUAUCGCGAACAGAUACUUUUAUUUAUGCCUUGGAGAAAUGAGGCCGUGGAAAUAGAAAAUAUUGAUUCUAAGGAAGCUUAUUUGAGGAAUAGGACAUUAGUUGAAGCGAAUAGAUUAAAAUAUGCCAUAGUAGAAGACGAUAUUUUAGAUGAAGCACUUGAAGAAAUACGACAAGGCAACGAAAGGCAUGAAAGCACUCCAUCAGAUUUUCUUCCUGAACCAGAGCAAAUAGAUAUUUUAGAGCAAGGCGGAGUAGAAAAUAAAAAGGAAAAUUUAGUAAAUCGUUUCGUGAGUCCACCCAAAAUUUCCCAAGAGGGUAUGAUUUUACUGCUGAACAAAUUAAAUAAAGAUCAGCGAGACUUUGUUAUGCAUGUAUACAAUUGUUUUAAAACGAAAAACGGUUUGCCUCUUAAUAUAUUCUUAAGUGGUUCUGCUGGAGUCGGUAAAUCAACGGUAAUCAACUCCAUAUUCCAGCUUAUAACAAAAUACUUUGACAGUAGGCCGGGAGCAAUUGGAGAUUCCAUCAAAGUGUUGCUCACUGCUCCUUCAGGAAAAGCUGCUUUUUUGAUUAAUGGAGUGACACUUCAUACUGCUUUCGCUCUCCCCGUUUCUCAGUACGGAGGGACCAUGCCCAAUCUUUCAAGUGAUAUUGCGAACACGAUACGGCAGAAGUUAGUCAAUCUUAAAUUGCUUAUUAUUGAUGAAAUAUCAAUGGUUGGAAGUCGACUUCUAAGUAGGGUAGAUACAAGACUACGACAGGUUAUGGGCCGAAAUGAACCAUUUGGAGGGAUUUCCAUUAUUUUAGUUGGAGACUUAAACCAGUUACCCCCUGUCUUUGACACGUUUGUAUUUAAGGCACCACAAAAUAACGACUUAAAUGUUUUUGCUGAAACGAACACGUUAUGGGUACUUUUCAAGAUUUUUGAGCUAACCAAAAUCAUGCGCCAACAAAAUGAAACCUUAUUUAUAAACGCACUGAACCAUCUUGCAACGGGAACAAUGACAAGUGAAGAUAUUCAGCUAGUAAAGAGCCGUGAAGUUGAUAGCAAUUCUAUACCUGAAGACGUAAUUCGAUUGUACUCAACGAACAAUGACGUUGAUGAGUAUAAUAGUUUAAAACUAUCAAAAGCACCGGGUGAAGAAAUAAGUGCCAAAUCCAUCGAUUCUGUGCUUGGAAAAGUGGGAGAAGCAAUUAAAAAACGAGCAUUGGAAGCACUUCAGAAGAAAAAGUUGUCUGAUUUAGGGGGUCUUUCAAAUACAGUACGUCUUAAGAAAAACAUCAAAUAUAUGAUUACAACAAAUAUAGAUGUUGAAGACGGUUUGGUCAACGGAGCAUGUGGUGAACUCAAGCACAUUUCAAUGAAACCCAAUACCAACGAAGUAGACAAAAUUUGGAUCCUAUUUCCACCAAAUCCUCGAGUUGGAUUGAAAGCCCAGUUAUCCCUAAAAAAGUUCAUAGAAUCAAACAAUAUAGAUUGCAACUUGGUACCUAUUGAAAGGAAAGUUCAUUCAAUAAAUGUGAAUACCGUUAACACAUACCAAAUUCUAAGAAAACAAUUUCCAAUAGUUCCAGCAGAAGCCAUAACAAUUCAUAAAAGCCAAGGCCAAACAUACGAUAAAGUGUGCAUCGAUCUAAGGAAAUCGAAAAAAAUCAGAAGAUCUAUGAUGUACGUUGCGUUAAGUAGAGUAACAUCUUUGACAGGGCUUUUUAUAAUUGGUAAUUUCUCACCACCAAAUGCUACAGCCGAAGAAAAUUUAAUUUUGGACGAGUUAAGACGUCUUAGAAAUGAUUGUAAAAUGAAUUUGUCGUUUAAAAAUUUUGAAAAAAAAACCGGCUUAAUUGUUGCUUACCAAAAUGCUCGUUCUCUGAAAAAGAACAUAAAUUGCGUUAUAGCCGAUCACUGGUACUCAAAUUGUGAUGUUUUAGUUUUUUCCGAAACUCAAACACUUUAUUCAGAUUCUUUGAAUAUACCGGGAUUUAAACUAAUUUAUAGGUCAGAUCAGGAUUAUAAAAAGCGUAAGCCCAGAGGAUUAAUGUGUUUUGUAAAGGAAACUUUAUCAAUUGACACAAAGAGCAUCAAAUCGGCAACAAUACAAAUAAUUAUAGAUUCGACAAAGAAAACUCAUAUUGAUUUGCUCUCAUUUGAAUUAGGUGAAGUUUUAGUUAUCGCAGGUUAUAAAUCUCCUUCGGCUUCAUUUGAAGACUUUAGGGAACAAUUCAAAGAUUUUAUGAACGAAAUAAGACACAAAUUACGUGGAAAAAUCGUUCUGUUGGGAGAUUUUAACAUCAAUUUAAGAAAUAAGCAGAACACAUUUCUCCAUGAAACUUUGACGGAAUGGAAUCUUAGAUCCGCACUACCUAACAAUGCAGUUACUACAGAUAACAAUACCCAAAUUGAUGUCAUAUUUUCAAACAUACAUCCACUAGAGUGUGGAGUGUAUGAAAGCUUCUUCUCAGAUCAUAAACCAAUUUACUUUAUAUUUCCACAAGAAUAA